UCGCGUUUCAGUCUACGUUGGACUUUAGCGCGCGUCGUACACGCUGCGUAUACGUAACGCAAUCCCAAGAUACGGCGGACUCCGCACCGAACUGAGGCCUCCGUCCGAGUGAGGCCGCCGUGCUCCGAUCACUUGGCGUUUUGGGCUGCCCGCUCUUCGAUUUUUCCGCCGCGAGCCUCGAAGAGAAAAUCGGAAAAGUCGGUGGCAAAGUGCCUGCCUCUCACGAGUGGACCAUUGUGAACUGUUUUGCGUGGGCACUAGAAUUUCAAAUUUAACGGCUUUUCGUGGUGUGUGCGAUUGGGAAAACCGUGGGGAGAGUUUUCGAAAUUGGAGGCGAGGUUUUUAAUUGAAUCUAUUAGUGAAAAUUUAAUUUUCGACUGUAGUGAAUGAGCGGACGGUGAUAAAGACGCUUAUUGAAAAUUUCCUGAAAAAACUUAUAAAUAAUACAAUUUUAAAAAUAUAAAUUAGCACAUAAAAAAAAUACAAAAGUUUGAAAAUUACAAGGCGGACAAUAAGAAAACUGCAAGUGUGGCGAAAAUUGAUUCGAACAUAAAUAAAGGGCAGCCAAGCGUGGCGAGACAAGGACAACACAAGCAAGAAGACCAAGGAUUUGCGAUUGGCCAAAAGGGCAAAAAUCAAUAAUAGCCACAUGUAAGAGGACACCGGGCACACGCAGUAUGAUGGCCAUUAGCAAGGACAUGGGGCAGACGACUCCUAGCCUCCAGUUGUUGCAGGAUAAGUAACGAACUCAACGGGGCUAACAUGUCGGACCGAUAUCCAGCCGGCUUCUACGAUCAUCAGCAGCAUCAACAGCAGCAGCAGCAUCAUCAGCUAGCCCAUCAUCCCCAUCAUACGGCCACGAUGUCGCACUAUCCGCCGCAACCCUACAGAUCGGGUUACACCGGCUACCAUCCCUAUCACGGCUAUAGCUACGGGUCUUCAAGUGCUUCUUACAUGCCCAACUACUACCGCUAUGCGCCGUAUGCCUCACCGCACUACAGCCAGCACCACCAGGGGAUGUUCACGCCGGCCGGUCAGCAGCUAAUCCCCUCCAGCGUCCUCCACUACCCGCCCAGGGCGCAUCCCUACCACCAGCAGCAACAGCAGCAACAGCAGCAGCAGCAGCAAUCCCAGCCAGGCUACGAGCCACCAGCUCCGUUGCCAUACAGUUCUUCCGCCUCGUAUCAGUCCCGUGGCUUUGGCGGCUAUGCGGGUCCAACGCCUCACUAUGCACCGCCGGGGAGAUCCACCACGCCGGCUCCGAAUCGCACUGUCUUGCCACCCAGCUAUUUGGAACCACUGCGCAGCUACGGCGCCGAGCAGCCACUUCUGGGCCAGCAGCAGCAGCCGCAUCUCGGCCAACAGCAGCUGCAACACCUGCCGCUGGCGGCCACACCCAAGCUCGAGGAUCCGGACAUCGAGGUGGAGGCGGUGGCGGAGUCGCCCGCCCAGCGGCUGACCACAUCGCCGCCCAUGAUCAGCGCCACCGGAACGGACAGCGGCAUCAGCAAUUGCAGCACACGGGCGCGAAGCGACAGUAGUCAAAGCACGCCCGUCUACAGCGGCGAAUAUCCGGUUAACAUGUCCGUGGAGUCCGCCUCCUGUGUGCCAUAUCACUGUCCGGCGGAUGGCAGGGACUUCGAGGACGAGGAGCUCCAGCCAGCUCCGGCGAUGGCGAUGGCCGAAACCAGAAGGGCGGACACUCCGCUCGAUAUUCCCGAUGACAUAAGCGCCACGUCGCCAGCAGUGGCCAGUGAUAAGGUGAAACCUGCGCCACCCACUCCGCCGGAAGUCGCCAAGCGUGCGGAAAUCAAUUUGCAACAGGAGACAGGAGCUGGAGCAUCCUUGGAUGCGCCGACGACGCCGCAGGAUGCUAGCGGUGAUCCAAUAAUCGAGGCGGCCGACGAGAAGACAGGACAUGCGCAGCUGCAAAAUCCUGUGACGAACAACUGGAGUCCAACGCCACGACGCCCGCGCACUCCGCCGGCGCCCCAGAACUCGCCCGUUGGUUUUGGCCAGAAUGCGACUGUGCCAACCGCCUUGGCUCCUCUGCUGCAGCAGCAACAGCAACAGCAGCAGCAGCUGCUGCAACAGCAGGCCAGCAACCUCAAGCGGUGUGCAGCAUCUGGCAGGAAUCGCAACAGCUGCAACAGCAACAGCAACAGCAUCUCCGUCAGCAGCAACAACCGCAUCAUCGAGUGCGAUCUCAUUCCGAGCAAGAAAUCAAAACGGAAGGCGGCCAAAAAGGAAGCUGGCGAAAGCGAGAAUAUGGAGCCCAUUGUUAGGGAGCAAAUUAGGGACAUCAAGCCUUUGCCGGGUUUCCUGCAGGCCUUCGGCUCCACCGAAAUCGGUCGUUUCUCGGAGAGAUUUCUGCAGACGCCCGAAUCGCUGGUGGAACGAUUGGCCGAGGAGUACACAGCCAGUGCGCCCAGCCAUUUCCCAUCUCAUCCAGCCCAUGGUGGCUACAUAGAGCCCCCGGCCACGCCCACACCAAGCUACUAUCCAUUUGAGGAGCAGAACCAAGUCGGCUAUCCCAGGAAUCGAAUGCGAGGCUAUAGCUACGAGAUGCCGGACUACAUGGCGUAUGAGCGAUAUGCGGCCUACGGAGCCGGGAGACCAAGGGCUCGCUACGGGGAAAUCCGCUGCAACGGCUACUAGAUACGAUUACGGAUCGUAUAUGGCUUAGGGGUUAGUGUUGUUGUAGUCGUGCAUAGUCGUUGUCAUUCGAUAUUCUCUGUGUGUGCCUUUUUCGGUCAAAAUUGGACAAUGAAUCCCCCGAAGAGUUGUUGUUGUCGGGGGCAUUGUUGGCAAUAAGUGCGUUCAAAAUUUACCACAAGAACAAAAACCAAAAGAAACAAGAAGCCAAAAUAUUGUUAGCAAACCAUCUACAUGUAAAUGGAAUAAUCAAAUAAGUAGUUCAAUGUAUUUUAAAUCGAAGGCGUUUUAAAUCGUUUCAGAAUGUAAGUUGAAAUCUUGUCCCACUGUACAUAAAAAUGCAUUUCGUAUAUGUAACUCUAGAUAUAGUCAAACUACUUGGGCAGUUGGUAAAUGGAUCUAAAACUUAUCGAGGCCUCCCGGAGUUAGAGGACAAUUUUUUCUCAACUUCUACGUAAAUGUAAUAGACACUCCAAAUUGUUUACAGCACCGUUUCCGAUUGAAACAUUUUUAAGGGGGCAUACAAAAUUAAAAACAAAAAAACACCCCAAAAAAUAAAAUAAAACAGCAAAAAUCUUACAUUUAGCAAAAAGAUGUGCCAUUGAAAAAUAUCUUUAAUUAAAAACACCAUAAUUUAGGAAUUACUUUUAUGUACAAUACAAAUACAAAUUAAAGAUUAGCUACGGUAAUCUAAAGCCGAAUAGUUAAUGUUAAAGCAAUGCAGUACAUUUUAGUCUAGGACACUAACACACACACACAAACACACACACACAGAUACAAAUACACCCAUACAAAGACACACUCGAACCACCGCACUAAUUUGUACUUGGCAAAAUUGAAUUAUUUUUUAUCGAUUUACUAACAACAUAUUCAUUUUCAAAUCGAUUUCUUUGUUGCAUUGAGUGCCUUAAUUUACUUGAAUUUAUUUCCAAUAUCUGUGCGUGAACAAAUAAACGUAACGAAUUUGUAUGAUUUACUUGUAGAGAAACAACCAAGUUCAGGUUUCAAAGGGGCCCAACAAAAUUUCAAAUGCAAAUCGAACAAAUCAAUGAAGACAAAAAUAAAAGCGAAAUACCAAAACGGGAAAAAAUCCAAACACAUCGAGCGACAUUCAAAAAUGUUUAAUAGCGAUUAAAAAACUAGUUAAUAUGUAAAGAAACUACUCACCAACAAUAAAAGCAAAACAAAGAAAACCUUGUAGAAUUGACAUUUUAUGUCAACUAUUUGGAUGUCUUCAGCGAAAUGAAGGAACAACAACCGAGGACGAAAAUAAAAAAUAAAAACCAAGUAUUUAGUAUAAUUAAGUCCGUGUGUAAAUAAAUAUUUGAAAGUUUGAAUUUUAUGAAAUAAAUCACACAAAACGA